AUGUCUCCAAGUCAGACCAUGUCUCAGGCUAGCCAGUCCAACCAGUCUCGCAAGAAGAGGAGGAGUAGAGGUGGCCGCCCUUCCUUUGCUGGCGACUCGAACGGAGGUGCUGAUAACGACUUUCCUCCAUCAACCCCUGCCAACCGCUUCGUUGCUCGCCAUCAUGCCGAAGCCUUCUCGCCUUCCAGUUAUGCAUCCUCUCAAGCCUCGCCAAGACCAGGUCAGCUAUCGUCACCUGCUGUCAUUGUCUUCGAAGGUCCAGCAAAGCGAGGCUUUGAACGAGCUUUUGACGACCUGCCACAGGAACUGCAUGCGCUCAAAAGCGUGGCGAGGUCUAAGUUCAAGUUUGCUCCCUCAGCCCCGGUCGAGAUGAGCUACGUCAACCCGGGCGGCAUCGUAUGCGACCUUGACGACGAGCACGAUCUCAAAGCUCUUGCAACGCAUGCAGCCUUCACACCGAGACUCACGGUCAGCGUCACCUCCUCAGCUGAUACCGUCGACUCACAUGUUUCAGCUUCUAGUGGUUCAAUGCAGUCUCCAGCUCCGUCAGCGAACGGGAUAACGACCAUGAUGCUGCCACUGUUACCGUCAACGCCGGCCUCAUCCGUUGCCUUCACACCGAAAGAGGCUCCAGUUACUCCACAGCGGCUGACGGCUCUUUCAACCACCGACAGAACCUCGACUGAGCCUUCACAGACAGCUGUAUCCAACGACACGUCCGCUGCUCACCCCACAUCAGAGCACCCACCCGCCAACGGGCACACGCCAAGCACGUCAAAGCCUGCUAAGAGCGCGCGCAAAAGUUCAGCCAAAAACGCCUCUGCUCAGCCUGCAUCUGUCGAUCAAGACGCUGAUCAAGGCACGACUGGUCGGGUCCGCUGGGAAGACCGCGAAUCCCCCGCAGCCUUGCUUGCAAGCGUCCUUCCUGAUCUUGAGUCCACCUCAGCGUCCGAUGCUCGCGAUGGUUCCAUUGGGAGUGCAGCAAAGAAGAACAAGCAGGCCCAGACCCCUUUCGCUCCAACCGCAGAGGCUGUGGCACCAGCGACGACGCCAGCCAAAGAAUCCAACGAUUCCAAGCGAGCUUCCAGUAAACGAAAGCGUUCCGACAACUCUCCGUCAGCUGGCUCUACAGCAGCGGUGACCACAGAGACGCCAGCAUCGCCCGUUGGUCCAGCUGCCAAAAAGCAAAGAGGGCGUCCCAAGAAGUCAGAUGUGGCAGCUCCGCCAGCCGAUGAGCCUGCGACUGCCACGGCUAGCGCUCCGGCCUCCGAAACCGCUUUAGGAGAGGCACCUGUUGCAGUUGAUAAUGCACUUCUCAAGGCACAGAACAUCUCCUCGGUAUCAUCAAUGCAACCUUCUGCUAAUACUUGCAUCUUUCCGGGGCAAGGACCCCCAGAGACGCCCAAGAAACGGGGACGACAGGAGAAGGUCGUGAUAGAAUCACCCACCCCUGCCACAGCAUCGAUGGAUGUGGACACGGCGACGUCUAUCGAGCCUUGCGAACCCACGCAGGCGAAUGACGCAACUUCCGUGGCAACAGAUUCCUCUUCUAGCUCACAAGCUGAAGCAUCAGCAGCAACAGCUGCGGAUUCGACAAGCACCCCAAAAGCAGCAGCCAAGACGACAGCCAGCGGCAAAAUUCGAGGUCGACCCUCAAAGAAGGCGCUCGAGGCUGCUGCACAAGCUUUGGCUCCUCCGGCCGAUGAAGCUGCAGAACCAGCCAGUAUACCCGCAGGUCCAGCUUCCGAAGAGACUCCAGCUAAGUCCGAUGUUCCCGCAGCCACGCCGGCAAAGAAGAAGCUUGGUCGUCCCACCAAAGCAGCUCUCGCCGCAGCUGCAGCAGCUGCUGCUUUGCAAUCAAACGAUGCUUCGGAGUCUCCCGCGGCUACUCCUGCCAAGAAGAAGCUUGGUCGACCUCCCAAAGCCGUAACAGCUCCUGCCGUUGCCGCGACCGCGGAGACCUCUGGCCAAACACAGGUUCCGAUUGAGACUCCAGCCAAGAAGAAGAAAACUGCGCGAGCAACCAAAGCUUCCUCAACUGCUGCUGAGUCAACAGAGCAGCCCCAGGAAGAAACGGAAACGCCAACUCCUGCAUCUGCAAAGAAGAAGUCGAGUCGACCGCCUAAGGCUGCUACAAGUGCCGCUGCUGCUUCGCAAGCCGGUACGAUAUCUGAGCAGCAGCAGGAGGAGGGCCAAGAGGCUCCAACAGCUACUCCUGUCAAGAAGACGGCUGCAGCAGCAACUAAGGCGGCUGCUGCUGCCACAGCUGCUACAGUGGAAUCAUCUGAGCAUCAAAAGGAGCUGCAAGCACCCUCCGAAGCUACUCCUGCCAAGAAAAUGUCCGGUAAAGCGAAGAAUGCUGCUGCUGCUGAGCGAGUCUCGGAGCAAGCCGCCGUUACAGAAACACCUUUCGAGCAAGUAUCGGGCUCACCUGGAGCACCCGCAGCUACCCCUGCGAAGAAGAAGGCUUGUCCUACAUCGAAGGCUGCUGCCGCUGCGGAUCCCACCGCAACGGUCUCGGAGCAACCGCAGGAAUCGAACGAUGCUGUUGCGGCUCCACCCGCCAAGAACACGGCAAAUGCGUCCAAGGCGACUAAGGCCUCUAAGGCCGGCGCACCUGCAACUGAAAGUGCUGAGCCUGCUCCAGCUACUCAAGAGGCCACGGAAAGCGCGCCGACUACCGAGCCUCAGCCAGCAGCAUCUAAUCAACCUGCCACUCCGGAAGAACGAGCUAAAUCUGCGGUGAACAUGGCUGAAGCACCUGCGUCUACCACCGCCGUCGAUUCUGCCGAGGCAGUGCCGUCCAGCUCUCAAGCUACGGAAGCGGAGAGCACUGCUGCCAAAUCUUCUGCAUCAUCCAAAAAGGGCACAUCAGCUGCUGCGGAAACUCGCGCAUCGAAGGCGAAUGGCACGAAAGCUACUAAAGCGGCGCCAGCGAAUACCUGCAUUGUCUGCGGAGCAUCGCCCGAACAUGAGAAGGAACAUUGUCCCGUCUGGCAAGGCGGCUCGCAAGCGAUCUUGGAUCUGCUCGCUAUGACUCGAAACAAGGGCAGCAAGAACAAGCAAGAGAGAGAAGCGUCCAAGAUCAUGGAUCGCUGGCUUGCAGAACAGUUUGGAGCCGACUCGGAAGGAAUGCCAGCCAUCAGCCAGGAACUCUCGCAAGCUUCGCAAGAGACAGUUGUUGCGCCGGGCAGCCGUGCUCAGCCUGCUCCAACUGAAGUCGAUGCUGAUGCUCGGAAGGCUCCUCCGUCUCAAUCUGCUGCUGUCUUGGUUCCCAAGUUUUCGCAGACAUCGACAAACGAGCCAGAUGAGCCUGCGCCGUCCCCAACACCAGCCGAGCUCGCUGCGGAGAAGAAAGCAGCUCGAAACAAAGCUGUUGCGGAGAAGCGUAAAGCUACCAAGGAAACUAAAGCUGCGGCUGCAAAGACGGCGGCUGCUGCUGAAGGAAGGGGUACACCUGAGCCGCUACAGCUACCCCCUCCUUCCGGCGUUCCAAACACACUCGAGAAGGCGGCUGCUAGAGUGGCACGUGCUCAAGCCAAGAAGGCAGCUGAAUUGGCAGCAGCGGGCAAGUCUGCUUCUCAGUUGUCUGAGCCACAGAUCUCUUUGACUCCGUCUUCUCCUCAAGUUCCGAGCGUCUUGCCGAUGUCAUCCCAGGAUCCAUCCCAGAACACGCUCAGAGCCCCGUCGGAAUCGUCGGAAGCAGAGUUGGCUACUAGCCCUUUGCUUUCGGCUGUGCCACGAGGGAAUGAGGACGAUAUGGAUGUUGAUCCGCUUCUCUCUCAGUCUCAGUCGCAGGCCGAGCCAGCGCGCGCAACCAGCUCCGAAUCGGCAGCGAAGCAAUUGGAAGAGAAAAGUCGUCGGAUGAAGUUGGCCGACAAAGUUCAGUCUGCCUGCUCAGGCUCAGCAAGUCCCUCCAAGUCGCUCAAGGAUCGCCUGUCUUCCCCACAGUAUAGCGAUAUGGGCUCGAGGUCGAGGUCAGCUUCGGUGACCAGUUCAGAUACGUCGCAUGGAGGAGACAGUAGCGACGAGUCAGAUGACGAUAGCGAUGUUGACAAGUCGCGAUCGAGCAGGCGCAGUCUGGCAGCCUCGACAUCGUCCAAAAGCAAAGCUAGUGCUGCUGCCAACAAAACAGCUUCCUCGUCCGACUCGGAUGCGGCCAGCUCAUCUUCUGAUUCCUCGGACCCUGAGACUGAGUCUGAAGCGGGAUCAGAUUCCACCAAGGGCAUCGAUUCAGACGACUCUGAGAACGAUCCUCGUUCCCCGCGUGCCGCCAACUCCAAAGCCAAGGCUGGCUCGAAGGGUUCAACACAACGUCGAAGCGCGCCCGGUGCGAAUGGCAAUCCCUUCCUGCGUGGCUUGACGCCUCAAUCGAAUGGAAACGGUAAUGGGAGUGCCAAGCCAACCCCCUUCACCCGACUGUCAGAUCUUCGACCGCAAUCUUUACGUCAGAACCUCUCGCAACCAGGUUCGCCGCUCAGCACAGGCGGAUCGACCCCGCUCAGCGCAUCAGCUACGAUUCAGCAAGCACCCUUCUUCCCUCCUACGCCGGUCGAGCAGCCACCUGUCAAGCCGACUGACGAUGACGAGGACGAGAUCGAGUCUGAUUCCUCUUCAUCUUCUUCAGAUUCUGAGGAUGAGGGAACCGCACGAGGAAGAGCAGCUCCUGCAAAGGCGAACGGGAACGGGAAAGCGACGACGCAAGUCAAGCGAGCAGGGAUCAAUAAGGAUCCAGGGAUAGGUGCGGGCACGCCUGGGACAGCGAAGAAGCGUAAGAACCCGUUCUCUGUUUUCGGUUGA